AUGGAUGGCGAGGAGGACACUUCAAAUCCAAUGAUGGAGGCCAACGGAACCGGCGGCGUCGACGAAGCGCCGUUGUCUUCUACAUCGACACGGAAGAACCGGCCAAUUAUAAGCGGCGAACCACUGGACAUCGAGGCGUACGCUGGGCUUUACACGGGUCGGACCAAGAUCAAGCGGCUCAUAUUCAUCGCAAGCCGCUGCGACAAUCCUGCGAUGCAAUUGGAAGCCCUAAGGAUGGCUUAUGAUGAAAUCAAAAAGGGGGAGAACACGCAGCUUUACCGUGAAGUGGUUCAGAAGAUCGAAGGUCGAUUGGGUCCCAACUAUGAGAUGGAUGCUGCAUGGUGCUCUACGAUUGAGCGAAAAGACGAGCAGAGGAAAGAAAAGCUCGAAAGCGAACUCAAUGCUUAUAGGACGAAUUUAAUCAAAGAAAGUAUUAGAAUGGGAUACAAUGAUUUUGGGGACUUUUACUAUGCUCAUGGUGCAUUGGGGGAUGCUUUUAAAAGCUAUAUUAGAACUCGCGAUUAUUGCACUACGUCAAAGCAUAUUAUUCAGAUGUGUUUGAAUGCAAUUCUUGUCAGCAUUGAGAUGGUUCAAUUUAGUAAUGUGACUAGCUACGUUAGUAGAGCUGAGCUAACACCUGAGGCACUUGACCCCCCCACUGUUGCUAAGCUAUGUUGUGCUUCUGGUUUGGCUCAUUUGGAGGCUAAGAAGUACAAGCUUGCUGCUCGUAAGUUUUUGGAAGUUGGUCCAGAAUUGGGGAAUUCGUACAGUGAGGUUAUUGCUCCUCAAGAUGUUGCUACUUAUGGAGGACUUUGUGCACUUGCAAGCUUUGAUCGAACUGAGCUAAAGAACAAAGUUAUAGACAAUAUCAACUUCCGGGAUUUCUUGGAGUUAGUACCUGAAGUGAGGGAGCUUAUUAAUGAUUUUUACUCAAGCCAUUAUGCUUCUUGCUUAGAAUAUCUUGGAAACCUCAAACCAAACCUGAUGCUUGACAUCCAUUUAUAUAACCAUGUUGAGACCUUAUAUGAUCAAAUCCGCAACAAAGCCCUCAUCCAGUAUACCCUCCCAUUUGUUUCUGUUGAUAUGCGAAUGAUGGCCGAUGCCUUUAAAACAAGUGUUUCAGGGCUAGAGAAAGAACUAGAAGCCUUGAUUACUGACAACCAGAUACAGGCUCGGAUAGACUCGCACAACAAAAUUCUUUAUGCACGGCAUGCAGAUCAAAGAAAUGCAACUUUCCAGCGGGUUUUGCAAACCGGAAAUGAAUUUGAUCAGGACGUCAGGGCAAUGCUGCUGAGGGCAAAUCUUCUCAAGCGUGACUGCAAUCUUAAGGCUUCCAGGAAAGUCUGAACCAUGGACUGAAGCUUGACCCGGAAAUUCGUAAUAAGGUUUGGCCUUGGUUCCUGUUAUACAAAGGAAAGAUUGGGUCCAUGGUGGUGGAGAGUGCAUUUAAUGGAUUUCGGGCAACAUUAUUUUGUAUAUACACUAAAAUUUUCUUACGAGUUUUCAAUUAUUGUUUUCUUAGUUGACAUU